AUGCAUCCAACCUCAACCCCGCCCGAGGACCAGCAGCCACCUCGGAAGAAAAUCCGAAAAGGGACCCGCAGUUGUUGGGAAUGUAAACGUCGCAAGGUUCGCUGUCAUUUCGUUUCUGAUGGCGACGAAAGUUGUCGCGAAUGCCUGGCAAGGGGGACUCCCUGUCGCAGCCAGGACUUACCAGAGCCCGAAAGCACUCGCGAGUCAGAUCGUUCGUCAUUGAAUGAUCGACUUAGCCGCGUAGAAUCUCUUCUUGAGAGGGUUAUACGACGGCUGGACGCCAUUGGUGGUGCUGAGGAGGCACGGGUGUUACCCUCCAUGGGGACCGAUAAUGAUGAUAAUGACUCAAACUGUAGCGCAGCCGCCACGCCUGCAAAUGAAAACGCGCCAGCCAUGUCGCUAUUUGACAAUGGAGUACUAAGCUUUCGACGAUCGGAGGUCUCUACGCCAAAUAUCACAUUGUUUACUGCCACCACCCGCGACUGGGCAAAGCUACGCCAUGAGAUUCUGGAUUUAUUACCAUCUGAUAGCACUCUGAGAAAGCUUGAAGAAGCCAAUAGCUGCUGGUGGCUAGUCAGGGCUCAAUGUUUCCAAGAAUACGAGGAAUCACUACUUUCAAGCGCGACGGCAGCCCGUUCAGACAAUCACCCAGCCGCGAUCGCGAAGGUUCUUUUAUGGCUGGCCAUUUGCCUCCAGCAGCUCCCACGGGGCUUUGACAUUGGAUCAUUAGAGCUUCGGUAUCCUCCCACACGAUUGAUUGCAAAGUGCGUCACAAUUGUUGCACAUUCCAUCAGCUCUGAUGAGACAUUGGUAAGUAGCCUUGAUGGGUUGGAGUGUCUAGUGCUUCUCGGAGUACUUUAUAACAAUGACGGGAAACUGCGGAGUGCCUGGUUGUGCUAUCGCCGGGCCCUCAACGUGGCUCAAAUUAUCGGGCUCCAUCGACUAGCCUCAGAAUCGACGGACGGAUCGGAAUCUAUUUCCAGAGCGAAAGGUAUCUGGAAUCAUAUUAUCUACGCAGACCGAUACCUUUCUUUAAUGCUAGGGAUGUAUUAUGGUAUCCCUGACGUGGCCUUGAAGUCCAACCAAAGCGGGGAUGAGACACCGAAUCGAUGCCACAUGGAUCUUCUUUGUCGCAUAGCUGGAUCCAUUAUCGAACGAAACCAAAGGUUUAACGCAAUAACACCUUCCAUGGUUCGCAUAACACAAACCAUCGACGCGGAGCUUAUUUCAAUUGGCCCUCCAUCGGUGGUUGAGGACCCAACGAUCUUACCACCAGGAAAGUCUAUGGAGCGAGCCCAGGCCUACACCAAACUCAUGACGCAACUAUGGCAUUAUCAACUCAUCGCCUGGCUCCAUCUGCCCCUGCUUCUGGGGUCUGGCACGGAGAGACAGUAUGACUACAGUAGACAAAGUUGUCUUGAAGCAUCCCGGAAAAUGAUUGCGUGCUAUACAUCUCUGCGUCGCCUUACUGAGAACAGCUUUUGUUGCAAAUCGCUGGACUUUCAGGCGUUUACUGCCGCCGUCACUCUUCUAAUAAAUAUCCUUGGGCCCACCGGCCGAUCCCACCUCGACUCUAAUGACUGGCCCGCUAUCGGAAUCGUAAUGGCAAGCCUGGAGACAUUGGGAGAGGGACAGUCACCCGACAAGGUAGCAACCCGAGGUCUUAGCGUUCUGCGGACUUUGAAAAGGGUUGCGACGAGGAACAACACAGCCCAGUCUGAUACCUCCGACGGACUUCCCCCCAUGGACGGCCAGUCCGGGCGUAUCAAACUUGACAUUCCAUACUUUGGUACCAUUUCCCUUGACUGUAGCACUCGCGGUGAUUUCCCAGACCAACGACAGCUUAAUAACGGUGCGCCAAAACCUAUUCAUGCAGAUCUGGCUGCCAGUAAUCCAUUAUCGUCGAAUAUGGGAAAUACCACGGAGGCAGGCACAGUGCAUGAUCAGGCCAUGGAUGCGGGGCCGUGGCCAGAAGCGCGCCUGGAACUUGGCCCUGCCGAUAUAUGGUCAUUUGAUCCGGAUUUAACAGCAGUAUUCCCUUUCUUGCCAGAUUUGGAAAAUAGCUGGGACUUGGGGCUUUGA